ACCUUCAUCUUCACGGACGGAGAGGAUGAGGAGCUGAAGAAGCAAGCACGAAACGUCAUCAACACCAACUGCUCGGCCGCCCACAGCCGCCAGGCCCUGUCCUGCAAGAUGGCCGUGGAGUACGACAAGUUCAUCGAGUCUGGCAGAAAGUGGUUCUGCCACGUGGACGAUGACAACUACGUGAACGUGCGGAUGCUGGUGAAGCUGCUCUCCAGCUACCCCCACACGCAGGACAUCUACAUCGGGAAGCCCAGCCUGGACCGACCCAUCCAGGCUACGGAGAGGAUCAGUGAGAACAAGAUGCACCCUGUGCAUUUCUGGUUUGCCACGGGUGGAGCAGGGUUUUGUAUCAGCCGGGGGCUGGCGCUGAAGAUGAGCCCGUGGGCCAGCGGGGGCCACUUCAUGAGCACUGCGGAGAAGAUCCGCCUGCCCGACGACUGCACCAUCGGCUACAUCAUCGAGUCCGUGCUGGGGGUGAAGCUCAUCCGGAGCAACCUCUUCCAUUCCCACCUGGAGAACCUCCACCAGGUGCCCAAGUCGGAGAUCCACAAACAGGUGACACUAAGCUACGGCAUGUUCGAAAACAAACGCAACUCCAUCCACAUGAAGGGAGCCUUCUCCGUCGAGGAGGACCCAUCCAGGUUUCGCUCUGUUCACUGCCUGCUGUACCCUGACACGCCGUGGUGCCCCGCCAGUGUGGUUUACUAGGAGACGUGUGUCCCCUCCAACCUCGUCCCGAAUUUCCCCGGUAUCCGACGGGCGUGCGGGACCCUGCGUGCGGGUGUGUCAGUCCGGCCUCGCUGC